GUAUAUGUACUGCUACCACUACACUAUUGGUAAUAGGAAGAUAUAUAUAGGAGUGAGGCGGAUCUUAUAUAACACGAUGAGGAAGAAUAUGCUUUCAUGGGAGAAAUAGUUUAUCGUUUGUCCUUAAAAAUACUAGCUGCCAUUGUCAUGACCCUCCUAUGUAGGCUGUUUUGUUCAUUAUAUAUUAUCUGCACGGUCACUUAAGAAGAACACUUAAAAGACGCGGGAAACAUAUAAUAAGUGCGCAUGAUGAAUUUAGGUGCUGAUAACAGUUUCGUAACAGCGUUCAAGAAGGAUGCUUCUAGAAUUUUUCACCACAUGUUGCUUUGUUUCAAUUGUUUCGUUCGUUACUUUGGUAUUUUGGCCAUUACUAACCAGAAAGAAACACCAGGUACCCUGCAUCCCAGGUAGAUGGCCCAUCAUUGGCAAUGCCCUCCAGUUAACCAUGGACCGAUGCCAUCUCGUGUUUGCCGAGUGGGCAAAGCGCUACGGGACCGUGUUCGAGGUGAAAUUGUUUAACGAGAAAAUAGUUGUUUUAAACGACUACAAUAGUAUCCAUCAAGCAUUAGUACAAUCUGGAACAGAGUUUGCUGGUCGACCCAAGAUGCACCGAACGGACCAUAAGGGAAGAUGCAAAAAGUCUAUCGUUUGGCAAACAUACAAUUCCAAAUUGAUCUUUUUACGAAAAGAAGUACAUAAGUCCUUAAAGAUGUACGGACCAGGACUCCUUUCUUUACAGGAUAUUUGUGAACCAGACCUUAUAGCUUUGGUGGAUCGAAUUCAAGAAAUGGAUGGGAAACUAUUUGACCCAAGCCGUGUUUUCUUCGAUUCUAUAUGCAAUAUAAUGUUGUUCUUCCUUAUAAGACAACGCUUUGAGUAUAAGGGACCAGAAAUUGAAACGAUCCGAGAAAUGAGCAAAUUAUUUAACGAAACAUAUGGAUCAGGAGAUGGGAAGCGUUUGGACAUAAUUCCCUGGUUAAGGUUCGGACAGAAUAAAGAGACAAGGCGUUUGGAACAAGCUCUGAACAUUAGAGAUCGGUUAUGGAAGUCUCUCAUAGAACAAAAUGGAACGUUUGUAGAAGAGAGUGUUGUGGGCCACUUGCAGCGUCUGAAGAAAGACCAUUCCGACAUCGAUAAUGAUACCAUUAAAGAGUGUUUUACCAAUCUAGUAUUAGCGGGGGUGGACACUACAGCCACCGCCCUGACCUGUUUAGUUCUGGUUUUAUUACACAAUCAAGACGUCCAGAAGAAGAUGCAGGAAGAAAUCGAUCUAGUUUUUCCUGACGGCGCUUUUCCAUCGCUUUCCGGUCGACAACAACUGCCUUUAACCGAGGCCGUCAUCUUAGAACUCCUACGCUUCAUCUCACAUGUUCCACUUGCUGUCCCUCAUUCCACGACAGAAAAUACUAAAUUAUGCGGAUAUGAUAUAGACGCAAAUUCCACGGUGUAUAUAAAUUUAUGGGCACUACACCAUGACGAAAACAUCUGGCCAAAUCCAUGGAAGUUUGACCCUCCUCGUUUCCUAGACGACAAUGGUAGAAUCCAAAGUCCACAGCAUCCCAAUCGCAAAAGGUUGUUCGUGUUUGGUGCUGGCAGAAGAGUUUGUUUAGGGGAGGCUUUCGCAAGGAACCGGCUGUAUUUGUUUGUGAUAAUGCUCCUUCAGCAUUUUACUUUUGAGCCAGAUAUUUCCGAGCAGCUACCAGAAGCUGAUCCUCGAUCUUAUGUUCUCGGACUUGUGCUACAUCCAAAGCCAUUCAAAGUUAGAGCAAUCAAUCGCCAUCAGAUGGCAUCAAACUAACAGAAUUAAAAUCAGUCCUAUAAAUAUAGAGGUAGACUUUCC